AUGCUUAAUAUACCAAAACACACACUUAUUCAUGAUGUCACCACCCGCUGGAACUCCAGUUAUGAUAUGCUUGAGAGGUACCUAGAACAGCAAGCAGCUGUGUACUCUGCACUGACAGAAAAGGCCCUCAAAAAGAAUAAAGAAAUAAGCACGUUGUCUGACCAGGAUCUGAAAAUAGCAGAGGACGUACUUGAGGUUCUUAAACCACUAAAAACCAUCACAACACUGAUGAGCACUGAAUCCACACCUUCAGUAUCAAUGAUCCUCCCCCUUCAAACCACAGUCCUUAACUCUAUGGUACCCAGUGAGGAAGACAGUCCAACUGUGAGAGAAAUCAAGGCUGCCAUCACAGAAAACCUGAAGAACAGAUACUCUGCUUGUCAUGACUUCCUCCACAAAUGCACAGUUCUUGAUCCGAGGUUCAAAGCCCUUCCUCAUGUGGAUGAUGCCUGUCGUGACAGAAUCUACAACAACCUCAUCACAGAGAUUGAAACCAUGAAAGAACAGAGUGAGGAGGCCACAGCAGUUAGUUCAUCCCCAGAGACAGGACACCCAGAGGCAUCAUCUCCUCCUGUCAAGAAGUCAGCCAUGGCUGAACUGUUUGGUGAACUCUUCAAGACUCAGAUGGGAAACAAGCCUAGUUUGCAGCUGGUGAAGGAAGAGGUUACCUUAUACAAGGCUGUGGACUGCAUUUCACUGGAUUCCAACCCACUUGAAUGGUGGAGGACAAAUGAGUCCAUAUAUCCUCAUAUUGCCAAGUUAGCAAAGCACUACCUUGCUGUACCUGCUACCUCAGUCCCUAGCGAGAGGGUAUUUUCUACAGCAGGAGACAUUGUAACUGCUAGCAGAUCUGCCCUUUCCGUAGACAAUGUGGACAAGUUAAUUUUUUUGACAAAAAACAUGAAAGUUUAAUGAAUCUGAGCAGGCCUUCAGCCUGGAGCUGUUAAUGCUGUACUUUAUACUGUGAAAAAGUUCUUAAAAAUCUGAGCAGGUCUAAAAACUUAAACUGUUGAUUCUGCACUUUACACUAAAAAAAAGUUAUUUUUUUAAUAUAAGCAGGCCUAAUGCUGUAAUGCUGCAUUGUAAUCCAUAGUUAUUUAUUUAUAUUUUUCAUUAUAUUUUAUCAUGUGAUGUUGGUUUGAGACUAAGAGUAUUUUAUUCGUUUAUAAUAAACAACCUGCAGUUUAAUGUUUCUCUCCUUUACUGUACCGAAACCGAACCGAAUCGUGGCU